AGCGAGCUCCCUGAAAUCGGAGACCCCGUGAUGGUGCGGUCACACUAGCACUCCCACGUUAGGUCCUGCACUUUUUCUUCUUCUUCCUCUGCCUCCAGCUGGUAUCUGCUGCCUGGCCAUGAAGCAGUCUCAGCCGCAGGCGAGGCCUUCUUGCUCGACGGGCAGUGGCAAGGCCCAGGACUCCGGCGUCCUGACGCGCGAGGACUUCGACGGCGGGCCGGUGAGCAUCGACGAGGUGGACACUGGCCUAUUUCUAGGCAACCUGACCGCGGCCACGCACAUGGAGACACUGCGCUCCUUUAAGAUCACCCACAUUCUCACGUUGGACUCGGUGCCACUGCCGCAGCACAUUCUGGAGGCCAGCUUUCUGACCACCAAAUAUAUUCAAAUUGCCGACAUGCCGCGCGAAGAUAUCCUACAGCAUCUAGAGGGCUGUGUGGACUUUAUCAGCACAGCCCUGGCUCAGCACGGCAAUGUCCUUGUCCACUGCUACUUCGGCGUCAGUCGCAGCUCUUCCACUGUGAUCGCUUACAUGAUGAAGCGACACAAUUUGGACUUCCUCCCCGCCUACGAGCUGGUCAAGGCCAAACGCCGCUUUGUCCAGCCAAACGCUGGCUUUGUCAGCCAGCUAAAGCUCUUCCGCCGCAUGGGCUGCAAGAUCGACCCCAACUGCCAGCGCUACAAGAUACACCGCUUACGCUUGGCUGGCGAGCAGAUGCGCAAGGCCAAGAUCCUGCCGCAAAGCUUUCACAGUGUGGUCCGUCCGGAUCCGGAUAUCACGCGCGAGAACCCGGAGCCCAUAGUGUUUCGCUGUCGUCGUUGCCGCCGCGUCCUUGCCUCCAAGUCGCAUGUACUGGAGCACAAGCCGCGAGACAGGCCGUCGCAGGAGGUGGUUCCGAAGGAGAAAGAAGAAGUAGCUGGAGCGAAGCUGCAGGCUCAAUCACAGGAUCAGGCCCAGAAUCCCAGUGGUGCUCGCAUGCUGGAGCAGCUGUCCGAGCGCAUCCGCCAGUCGUCGCUCGGUUCACCCGGCCACGAAAGCACGCCAAAUUAUUGCCGCAGCAUACUCUUUGUGGAGCCCAUCGCCUGGAUGCACCGCAUCAUGCUGAACACCCAGGGCCGCCUGUACUGUCCUAAGUGCGAGCAGAAGCUGGGAAACUUUAGCUGGAUCAACGCCUGCAAGUGUCCGUGCGGGGAGACGAUGACGCCUGCUUUCUAUCUAAUACCUUCCAAGGUAGAGCUCUCGAAGGCCGUGCAGAACGUGCAGACCACAGUUUAGGCGCAAUGCGGGAAAUAGAGCGAGAUGGCAUCAGAGGCAGGACAACUGGAGUCCCUUGGCAGCUGGCACCGAUCGGCAAUCGCCCACCUAACAGAAGUCGAUGGAGGCUUGUAUUGAUCAGUGUUUGCCCCUUGGAAAGGAGUAUUACAUCACACUGGCCUAUAUGAGCCUUAAGUUAUGUUUCUAUAGUCCAAUGAAUAAGUUGUGCUUUGGAUACUCUAUAGCAACAUAAUUUAAUUGUCCAUUUGAUCGAAUAUCGUGCUGAAUAUCGCCACCAAGCUGAGAUUUUUAAAACGCAAAUAACUGCUUAGUAAUACCCUCUUGGGAACCGAUCUCGGAUCGGAUAUAAACUGUUACCAGGUUUACAAUAUCAAAACUUCCACGCGAAGCAAACGUAAUUUAAUCACAAACUAACUUCGAAUUCCAUUUGGACAGCAAAUAUUCACUUUUCUCAAGAAUAAGAAAUAAUCACAGAGUACUCGUUUAUUCCAAACGGCAAUGCCACAUUGAUCUGUGGAACCAAAGCUGAAAGAUACGUUGGUUGUUUCAGUAGAAGUCACCUAGCUGGCGUUAUGUUUCAUUUUAUAUAGUUAGCCAAUGAAUUCGCCAAUGUAAUUAAUUAUACAAGUACGUGCGAUAUAGUGCACCCAUAUUUGUUGGAAGUCAUUAAUACAAGUAUCGAUCUUUGCUGUUCCAUAUGCAUUUGCAUAGCUUUUUGCAAGUUACCAACACACAAACUAUAAAUGUAUUUUAGAUAUUUGAACCUUUUUGGAAAAUAUUUUACGCAACGGAAAACGAAACAACAUUUUUCAAUGACAAUAUCUAAAUUUAUGCGAUAUACAAACACAUAUAUUAUAAUCACAAGUUUGUCAGCCAAACGGACAUGUCUGGCAUGGUCGAGGGAACUAAGAUUCUAGCUUCCAUGGGACUUCGUGCACCUUAGGAUAUUGGCGCUACCUUAUCGAUAUUGAUGUGCUUUGUUGACCCAUAUCUCCUGUAUGUAAAUGAGUGUGUAUUGAUAUUAAAGUCAAAUUGUUUGUUUUCCAA